GACUGCGGUAGGUCGUGCCACGGCGCUUCGAUCGCAGUCGCAGUUUUCCCGCCACGCGACACGCACAUUUUCUUUGAAAUUUCGUGCCAAUUGCAAAGAAAAAAAGUGAACAUCGCGGGACUUUCGGUGCCUUACUUAGUGCUCUGUGUUACCGAUUCCAAAUUUUUUAUACAAUUAUUUGUUUAUUAGAAUUUUUUAGCGUGAUCGCACUAGUGGAAUUAUAGACUUUAAUGAUUCGAGUAGUAAGGAUUGCGUUUUCUCCACAAGGACCAUUUCACGAUCAAACGAGAAGCAAAUCUAAUCGCAAGAGAACAUAUCAACGAUAGCAAUAAAUGAAUAAUUAUUUUAUAGAAUAAUUAUAAUUUUUAAGACUAAUGAAAUUCCGUUCAUAUUAAUAUUAGAUUAUUAAACGAAUUAAAAAGUACAAAAUAAAUGAGCUUAAUAAGUACAAGAGAUAGCAUAUCUAGAAGCAAUAUGGCGUUGGUUAGUUUAAGAAGCAGUUUGAGGAUAUUGUGGACGAUUGCGGCGGCUUUCGUCUUUCUAAGCAGGAGCAGCGCAGCGCCCACCUUUGGGGACACCGACAAAGCAAUGAUGUAUUUAGCGCAGUAUGGUUACCUUAGCCCUUCGGUCCGGAAUCCUUCCAGCGGCCACAUCAUGGACGAGAGCUCGUGGCGACGCGCCAUCGCCGAGUUUCAAAGCUUUGCCGGACUCAAUGCAACAGGUGAACUGGACGAUGAAACAGCAAAAGUAAUGUCGCUGCCGAGAUGUGGUGUAAAGGACAAAGUUGGAUUUGGCGAGAGUCGAGCGAAAAGAUACGCGUUGCAAGGCUCGAGAUGGCGUGUAAAGAACCUUACGUACAAGAUCUCAAAGUAUCCAUCGCGAUUGAACCAGGCUGAAGUUGACGCUGAGUUGGCCAAAGCGUUUUCCGUAUGGUCUGACUACACCGACCUCACGUUCACACAAAAGCGUACCGGACAAGUGCACAUCGAAAUAAGAUUCGAGAAAGGAGAGCAUGGAGAUGGUGACCCAUUCGAUGGACCUGGUGGUACUUUGGCUCACGCGUAUUUCCCUGUUUACGGAGGCGACGCUCACUUCGACGAUGCUGAGGUUUGGUCAAUUAACUCGAGGCGGGGAACCAAUCUCUUCCAAGUUGCAGCGCACGAGUUCGGUCACUCUUUGGGCUUGUCUCACAGCGACGUCCGCUCCGCUCUGAUGGCGCCCUUCUACCGCGGAUACGACCCUGCCUUCCAACUCGAUCAGGAUGACAUCCAAGGAAUACAGGCACUGUAUGGGCACAAGACGCAACUGGACAUCGGCGGCAGCUACCCCGCGCGGCCGACCGCCCCCCGCGCCACCACACCACCCUCGUCCACCGAAGACGCCGCGCUCUGCGCCGACUCAUCCUUCGACACCAUAUUCAACUCAGCCGAUGGUGCCACAUUUGUUUUCAAGGGCGAGUACUACUGGAGAUUGACAGAGAGCGGCGUAUCGGCGGGUUACCCUCGACUUAUCUCUCGCGCCUGGCCCGGCCUGCCUGCCAACAUUGACGCUGCCUUCACCUACAAGAACGGCAAAACAUACUUCUUCAAAGGCUCUAAAUACUGGAGGUACAAUGGACAAAAUAUCGACGGAGACUAUCCUAAGGAAAUUAGUGAAGGGUUUACUGGUAUACCAGAUAACAUCGACGCAGCGUUAGUAUGGUCGGGCAAUGGCAAGAUCUACUUCUACAAGGGCGCGAAGUUCUGGCGAUUCGACCCGUCACAGCGCCCUCCCGUCAAGUCCACCUACCCUAAGCCCCUUUCCAACUGGGAAGGCAUCCCAGACAGUAUAGACGCAGCUUUACAGUACACUAAUGGUUACACGUACUUCUUUAAGGGCGGCUCAUACUGGCGGUUCAACGAUAGAACUUUCAGUGUGGACACAGAUAAGCCGGCGUUCCCGCGCUCAACCGGCUUCUGGUGGCUGGGCUGCAGCAGUGCGCCGCGCGGCACAGUCGGAGGUAACGCGCGAAUCUCCGACACCAAUGAAGCCGCCGCAUACACACGCCUGCCAGACGAAGACGACGUCGGCGACAUACUCUUUGACGCAGUGCGUGCUUUGGGAGGAAAGCAGGACAUUCCACGUUGA